AUGAGCAGCUUCAUCACCUCGCUGCUAACUGAGCUCGGGUUCCGCACUGGCCUUCCCCGCACUCCCCAGCCUCACGACGCCGCUCCGAACGAACAAACAAACACGGCCUCAAAUCACAACGAAGAUCCCACCAUUCUCGACACCUGCAAAGACCGUGGUGGGCUAGAUCUGACUGGUGGCAAUGCAAGGUCUUUGCCUGGCCCUCCCUUCUUCACUACCCUACCGAAAGAAAUGGAUGGCCGAGCCCCGGAGCCGGCGGCCACUGGACCCAUGCCUCAACAUGGACCGGUAUCCGGUCAAACAAUACCGAUAACCAGCACCCCUCCGACCGGUCCUUUUGGCGAGGCUGGAGCCACCACAUUUCUAACGAACUCAGAGGAGCAACAACGUCAACAGGCACGGCUAUUGGGCACGGACUCGGUACAGGGACAGGACGGUGCGGGGCGAUCACCAAGUGGCGUAUUCAACAUAGAUGAACUUGGCAAGAUGUCUUUGCCAGCGGAUGACGGAAUGGGUUGGCUCAGGAAGAAGAUCCAUGCCAUUCGGGACCUUGAUCUCAGCCAUAACGAAAAGGCACGGAUGGUCCACGACUUGAUGACCGAAAGCUACAACUCUACUCGAACUCUACCUCCGAUAUCCCCCUCAGCGCUGUUUCCGACGCUAAGUCCGGGCAUGAACUAUCCCGAUAGCCCGCCCGCCCCGUGGAUGAGACAGCUUUCAGAUCCGAGUCCGACGAGCCCCACAUUAACAGCGGCGGUCCCCCAAUAUGAGAACCAAUUCUCACUCACCCCGGAGGACUUGCAACCAACAUACGUCCCAAGGGUUGAUCACGAAUCUCCAGUGGCUGAGAUUGUCGAUGCCGCUGAUGAAGAUCAGGAUACAGAAGAGUGUGACGAGACCAUUUUAGGCUGCCAGCACUACCAUCGAAAUGUCAAGCUACAGUGCCGCACUUGCAAGAAAUGGUACACUUGUCGGUUCUGCCACGAUGCAGUCGAGAAUCAUCAUCUCAUUCGUCGAGACACAGAGAAUAUGUUAUACAUGCACCGUAUGCUUGCCUAUCUCAACUGA